CUCCGCCGGCGGAGGUGAGGCGAGGCGGGGCGCCGACUGCAGCGGCGGCACGGGAGGACUGGGUCGGCGAGGGAUCUCCGCGGAGGCCGGCUGCAUCCACCACCCAGCCCGGCGGAGGGAAGAGCCAUGAGAAGCAGCCGCCGCUCGAGCUGCCGCCGAGCAACUCCCCUCCGGAUGUCGGCUGCCGGUGGCCUGGUCUGAGGAGGAGGAGGGAGGGAGGGACGGGGCCGUAGCAGCGGCGGACUGUGCAAGUUGCGCUCUGCCCUUCUUCUUCCCGGGCCCGUCUCCUACCCGCGGAGCAGCAUGCGGACUGGCCUCCGCGCUCCCUCAGAUGUGCUCUGGCUGCCGCCGCUGCUGCCGCCUUCAGUGCAUCCUGCUGCUGGCAGCCCUAACCCGGGCGCUGGAUGAGACGGGAGGGGGGAGAUCGCUGCUGCGGUUCCGCCCGCUCCUUCAUGCGGGCUUCUGCUCCGGCGGGGGUAGCACCGCCGCCGCCGCCGCCGCCGCCGCCGAGGAGGAGCCGGCCUGCCUUCCCCCCCGCCGCCCGCCGGGCUGGGGCGCUCCCCCCGCUCGCCCGCCCGGGGGGCCCGCAUGGCGUGCUACCUGGUCAUCAGCUCCCGGCACCUCAGCAACGGGCACUACCGCGGCAUCAAAGGCGUCUUCAGGGGACCGCUCUGCAAGAAGGGCGCUCGCUCGCCGGUAACUGCCACCUCCUCGCUCCCUCCCUCACUUGCCCCCCGCACGGACUAUGCUGAGAAGGAGAAAGCUGCAGCCAAGGCUCUGGAGGAUGUGAAGGCUAACUUCUACUGUGAACUAUGUGACAAGCAGUACCACAAACACCAGGAAUUUGACAACCACAUCAAUUCUUACGACCAUGCUCACAAGCAGAGAUUGAAAGAUUUAAAACAAAGGGAAUUUGCUCGAAAUGUGGCUUCAAAGUCAUGGAAAGAUGAGAAGAAACAGGAAAAAGCACUCAAGCGGCUCCACCAGCUCGCAGAGUUACGGAAGCAGUCAGAAUGCAUCACUGGGAGUGGACCAUUGCUUAAAGCCCCCAGAUUAGUCAUGGAAAAGCAGCAAUCACCAGAUGGCAUUUUCCUGUACAAGGGUGGCAAGUUCACAGCCAGUUCUCCAAGAACCACCACAAGUGAAGGACAAGGUUUCUCCAGCAGCGUACUAGAGAAACAGCAGAUUAUCAUAAGCAGGCACCAGUCCCCUACUGAAAGACCCCAUGCGCUUGGAAAUCAAGUCUCACAAGCACUCCCAGAUAGCACCAAUACUUCUCAAAGGGCAGGAGUGUCUUUCUCAUUCUCUAAAAAAGUCCCUUUGAAGCUCGAGUCCUCAGCAUCAGUCUUCAGUGAGAACUCUGAAGAAGGAAAUGAUUGUAGUGAAUCCCCCAACCAUAAAACAAAGCAAGCUCUUGAGGGCUGUUGUUCUGGUACACUUUUGGAGGAGCACAUGAAAGCAAGCUUGGAUAAAGGGCUACCUAUUACACAAGCCCAAAAGGAUUUGGAUAACAGUGCAUCAAGUCAUGUAGCUGCAAAACCUAAAAUGCUGAAGGAAAAUGAUAAAAGUAGUGAUAGAGAAUUAGAAGAAAAGGUCAGUGCUCAUCCUUUAUUUUCCAAAACCAAACUACAGCUUUUAAAUUUGGGUUUUUCUGGUUCACUUAGAGAAACAGAGCAAGAGAGCAAAUUGAAUGAGUCUGAGCAAUUGUUAGAAACUCUCAUUUCACCUUCAUGCCACGCUAGCAAUUUUUGUACACAGCUGAACACCUACAAGAACAGCAAUGCCCACCUGCUUGACCAGUUACCUGAGCUCCCACAACAGCCAGAACCUCAGCUGACAGGCGCAAGCAACGUUAAUGACAGUCCUGGGGUGGUAAAAAGAGAAAGAUCAUUGGAGAGCUCAGAAAACACAAAUGGGAAUAUGGAAACACUUCCAAGGGAGACCACGGUUAAAGAUGUUAAGCCCCAGGCAUUGCCUUUCCUCCAUGUAGUGAGCAAAGAUGGCACCACUGCUCUACAGUGGCCCACAGAAUUACUUUUGUUUACAAAAACUGAGCCCUGUAUUUCAUAUGGCUGUAAUCCACUGUAUUUUGACUUCAGACUCUCUUUAAAUCACAGAGAUGGUAAACAGCAUGAAACAAACAAAGCAAGCUGUAAAGAGUACUCUAUAAAUAAGACUGCAGAUGAAAAUGAAGCCUCAGGUUUAAUAAAACACAAGCAAAUGUCAAAUGAACAAGAUAAUCAGUUGUUGAAACCAAAGAAGAUGAAAGGUUCCCUAAAUCCAAGAAAGGCCAAGCAAAAAGCUGAGUCAGACAUAGGGAAAGAAAUGAAUGAAAACGGUCAAAAAUGCAUUGCAGAUUAUUUAAAUGAAAAUAUACCCAAAGUGCCUGCUUACCUUGAUGUCUCACAAAAGGAUUAUGUGACAGAAAAAAGUCUUCAUACAACAACACUGAGAAGACCUUUAAAGCAUCAUUUUCAUAGCUGUGAAAGAAAAAACCAGAACAUUAGAAAUGAAAGCAUUUCCUUUUCUGCUUUUAUGUCUAGGAUUAAAAAGUCUAAAGCUGCAAAAUGCCAUUUUAUUUAUUCUGAGGAAAAACGUGAAAUCCAAAAUGACUGCAGAUCCAUUCAAGAUGUGGCCAGCUGCAGCAGUGACAUAAGUGACAGUGGAAAAGACUCUAGUGGAAGUUUCCUUAGUUAUAAAUCCAGUUCAAACAGCAGGUAUUCAGAAAAUGAAAGAUGUGGAAGUUACAUGGGAUGCUGGAGAUUCCCAUCUCCUCAAAAGUCCUCCUCUGACAGACAUUCCAGCUAUUCUGACACUUCAGUUAGUGGUACGAGUAGCUACAUGAGCUACAUGAGUCCCACAUUGAACAAUCACAGCAGAAACCAUUUGCUUUUUUGUUGUAAAAGAAAAAGCAAGACAGCUGAAAGGCACAAAUGUAAACACAGAAAGCACAAGUGUAUUUUCACUUCUAAUGAUACAGAUGAGGAUUACCUUUGUUGUAGCAGAACUCACAGAACUAGAAACUGUACGCAGAGGGGCACACUUAAAUAUAGAAGGUGUUCAAGACAUAGAGUUUUACAACACAGAGACAGAUCUAAACACAGCAGAUGUAGACACCGGCAUUUUGGCAAAGUGCACAGUGGAAGUAGAAGCUACCAUAGGUCCAAAAGUUGUUCCACCAGAGACUCAGGAAGCAGCGAAAGAUCAUCUAAUAGCAGAAUAUCAAGAGGUAGCAGUUCAGGAUCCUUCUCAAAAGAGACUGACAACUGUGGUGACAAAUCAAAAGACGACGCAGAAAGAGGUUCUAACACUGAAAUGGGAAAAGCUGAAACUGCACAUUACGAGUCUCUGAAUGUGAAUGGUCAGCCAAAAAACUUUGCCACCUGCUCUUCUGAAACCCUGGCAAAAGACAUAUGUGGAAAAAGAAAGUCGCUGACCGCCAAGUUACUUUUAGAAAGAGUGCAGUCCAAGAAAACCCAGGAACAAAUGCACGAUUCAGAGAGAUUUUCAAACACUUGUGGGGUAGAAUUAAGGGAUCACUCACGAAGUCACUUUGCUCUUCAGUUUUCAUCAUCGGUAGAUGACAUUGCAAUGUUACCUCUGCCAAAGAAACUGCUAAGUGUAGGUAAAAAUGACACGGGGCAUAAUGAAAUUAGUUCAUUGGAAACCAGUGUGAAGAAAAACAACUUUGAAGCGUCAGAGAUAACUAAUGUUGCUCUUUCAACUGGCACUGAUUAUGAUCAUUGCCUUUUUAAAGACAUCAUUCAAAUAGGAACAGGCUAUCAGAGCCCGAGCAUAAAAAGGAACACGGCAAUAAAGGAACAAUCCAAUCUCUUCAUUAGUGAAGUGCAACCCUUUAUACAAAGCUGUGACCCAGUACCAAAUGAUUUCCCUGGUGCUUUUCCCUCUAAUAGAUAUUCUGUUGUUGCUAAUUCAACAGAGACCAAAGAAGAACUACAUGAUGUAAACAUGGACUCAAACCGGGCAGAAGGCAGUUCAGACUCUCUUUGUGACAAUGCUAUGCAGAAGUAUGAGGACACAGCAAAUGACCUAGAAGUGUACAGCAAAUCCACCUCCCCUCCUUCAACGCAGCAGCCUAUCACAUUUUCACCAGAGGAAGUAGAAAAAUACAGGUUGCUGCAGCUGCAAGCCCAGCAGCAUAUGCAGAAACAACUUCUGGCAAAACACCUGAAAGUUUUGCCUGCCCCAGGACCAGCUGCCUUCUCUGCAACACCAGCAGUUCCUGCCCUCCCUGUUCAUCAGCACGCUACUGUCACCACCAUCCACCACACACUGCUGCAACGCUUUGCUGUCUCGGCAUCUGUACAUCCCCACAGCAGCCAUCUCUCCCUGGCCCACCUCCACCCCCUCUCUCAGGCACAUUUUGCCCCCAUACCACUUUCCCCAUUAGCACCAGCCCUCAUUCCCACCCACCCUGCUUUGCUGACAGGACACCCAUUGCACUUGGUCUCCGCCACCCCUCUCCACCCUUCCCCACUGACCUUUCCCACACUGCCACACACUGCAUAUAUCCCAGCCUUAUUUACACCACACCUGAAUGCAGCCACACCUUCUGCUAUACAUCCAAAUCCCUUUGUUCAUCCAUUAUUCCAAGGGCAAGAGCCCCAUCACCAUUCUUGCUCUAGCCAGACCCAACAGUUACCUACAAUAAAAGAAGUUUUCAGUGUUUCUAGCUAUUUAAACUAGCCCAAACAAUUACACCAUGGCUCCAAACCCAAAUUUGAAUAAUAUAAAUUAUUCAGUGUUCAGUCACGUCUGAGGGGAAAUUUACUGUUUUGCUGAGAGCACAACAGCAAAUAUUUUAAAGUCCACAUUCUGACUGACAGCAUAUGAACGUUGAUUUAGUUCUCAUAUGUCUGGGUAAAAGCUGGUUUAAAGUCUUUUAUGAUACUAUCACAAGGAGGACAGGGUCCAGCUUCUAUUCUACAGAAGGGUUGGAAAGAACAGUCUGAAGUGAAGACUGUGACUGUCAGUAGGAAUGGGACCACAGCACCCAGACACCACGGGACCAAGAACAUCAACACUGAUGAGUGGUUUAAAGUAGUGCAAUAUAAGGUAGAGCAAUCUUGACACACCUCAGAGGUGUGCUUUUCUGAGUGUCUAUAUGCAACAGUAUAGUACUUGGUCUGGUUAAGGUAUUUCAGACUGAGCAAAAAAGAAGGUAUCUGGGACCACAAGUCCCUGGUUUUGACUCCUGGCCAAAAUAAACUGGGGAGCCCCAGAGUGAGGGGUGAUGAGUUAACACUGGAAGAAGAGGGUCACAACAUCUCAAGGAUACUUUAGUGAUUUUGUCCCUGGGAUACAUUGCUUAGACAGUGUAAAGAGACUCCAGUCUGGCCACAGGUAUAUAACAAAAAAUUCCCUUAGUGUAGGGGGCUCUGUGCUGGCACAAGCAGACUGCUACUUUUCUCCCUGAGCCAAGCAUCCAAGAAGGCAAGGGAAAGAAGGGGAUGAAGCCAAGUUCUUUGGCAUAGGCUGCCUGUGGCUGUAGCAUAGGGUAUGUCAGGGGUGGGCAACAGCAGCCCAGAAUUGCCCAGCAGCUAGUGCUGGCUUUGAACCUCAGAGGUCCUUGGCCAAGACUGCAACAAUUCUUUCCUACCAGAGCUCUAAUGAGUGGGAGAGUCUUGCACAAAGAAUGUGUAAAUAUGUUUCAUCCCUUUCACAAACAACAUGAACAAUUGGCUGGUCCUAUAAAAUUGUGCUGAUAUUCAUAAAAAUGCAGAAGUAAAAUUCUGAGCAGAAACUGGCUCUCCAGGUCAAGUCUCAUAGAAAACCAUGCCACAGUUCUCAGCAUUUCAAGGUAUAUUGAAUCUAAAGAAAUAUGUCAAGAUUCUCGCAUGGCUUCCCAAACUCUCAACAUACAAACUGAAGUUCUGAAUCUGCAAUGUUUGAAUGCAUGUAUCCAACCUUCAGGGUAAUGCGUGGUUGAAAUUGCUAGUAAAAACUGUGUAUCUGGAAAUAGGUGAGGGCUUCAGCAUCUCUUUGAAUGGCACAAUCUGACUAUUUUUAUAAUGUUUCUAACUCAACAUGGGAUAUUUAGCAUGAAAUUAAAUUCAUAAUUGUGGUUAGACUGCAGGCAUGCUUCGCAAUAUAAUUGGACAGUGAAGUGUCUGACAGUACCUCUUUGGAUUAGAAACAUUUGAAAUAAUUUCAAUUCAUUCACAAUAAUGCAGUGCACAAUUAAUAAUGUAUCUUUCAGAAUCCAUAUAAAACAUAUUAAAAAACUUUUGGAGGAUUUUAUUCCAUUAUAUUUGGCUAUCUGAAGAAACUGAGAAAUCCAAUUGCAAUUAAGUUGAGUAUUUAAAAUAAAACUUAGGACCAAUUUUCUAACUUAGUUUUCAUCAAAGCAGAUUGAUACACUGCAAUAAAAUGGAAUUGUUUUAAUUUCUAAAAGCAGCUGCUUCAACAUAAACUGGUAUUAUGCCAAACUUUUCAAAUGGCUUUAGAAGUUAUAACUGCUUGUUUUGUAUUUUCAAAGUUAAAGUUUCUUUGGAUACUUAACACUUUAGCCAUCAAAUAAAAGCUGUCAGGAAAAGAUCUGGAGACUGAGCAGAAGUAAAACAUUUUUUUAUUCAAAAUGUUGGUGAAACCAGCACCCUCAAGUAUCUUUUGGUUGGAUUCCCAGCUGAUUUAUUAAUUUCAUUAACAAAAUGCCUUUUUGGAGUUACUUAUCUUUAUGGUUUAAUUUUCUCAUUUUAAUUGUAGGGAACGUCUUUAAUUGAAAUUAUUGCUUCAGAAUUAAGGAAGUGAGAAAUUUUCUUUGGGAAAUAUGUUAAAAAUAAAUAAUUCCACAGUUUUAAAAUUCUUCCUUUCAUUUUUGGCUGAAAAUCUUCCCAAAAUUACAUCUGAAUUUCCAUAUAAUUUCUAUACUUCUGAAACUAUAUUUUCUGAGAAUCAAACAUAUUUCACUGAAUGUGACUCAACACCUCUGAAAAUUAGUACUUGCUUGCUUGGAUGAAGAUCCCUCACUCAGUGGACCACUUGGAAACAUUAGUCAUAAUUCUGUAGAAACACUCUGAAUUGGAUGUUUUAAAGGAGCAGGUCAACCUGUGCCCUGGAAGAGGCUGACUGAGCUGCACAGCCAUCACCACAAGUUCAGGGCUAAUACCAGCCUAAAAGAUGUAUUUCCAGCCCUACAAACUUUUAAAUUUAUGGGCAUAGUUCCAUUCCUAUUCAAGAAAAACCAGCUGUUCUCAUUGUAUACAAGAGUUAAUUUGAAUCCUAAGUAGGUAACACCAAGAGAAAAAAGUGGAACAGAAGAAAUGACAGGUUAAUCUCAUCUUUAAUGUGUACACACACAUUUUCUAUCCCUGCUUCUUACAGUCCAUGUUAAUAUUGUAGAAAUUCCUAUGGCAAGAAACUUGACCAAUUGAAACUUAACAAUUUCCUACUACAUAGAUCCUUUAUGGAAAAUAGUUAUAUACAUUUCCCUUAAUGUGUGCACAAUACAAUGGGAUUCUAGGAAGGAACCAAAUCAUAGGAUGUCCAUGCAUCAUUGUAUAUACCAACACGGAUGAUUUGGUAAGGCAAAUGAAUAGACAAUAAAGAUUAAAUUUAAUUCUUGGAACAAUGGCAAUUAGGAUUUUGAGAGGUAUUUAUGGAAAAAAGAGGGAUUAAGAAGGAACAGAAACAGCACAAUAGCAAAACAGCAAUCAUUGGCUACCAACAAAGAGAAUGUCCAAUAUUGUUCUUAGUACACAGAAGGGAUUUUCUUGGAGAAAUGUAAUAAAAAUAUCAGCACAGCUGAGGUGAUAUAUUUGCUCUGCUUGCUGCCAUAUUUGUUUUUCGUCAGUAAUGUACUUUAAAUAUGUCUCAUUAUCAUGAUUAAAAGCAUAAUUGAGCCUGAUGUAUGGAGCCAUGAUACAAUUUUGAUUUUAUUUAGACUGAUUUUUAAAAGACUUACAGUAUCCUGGUGGCAGCAAUAUAUACACUCCAAGUUAAUAAUCUAUUUUAGUUUGAUUGUAUAUUCUUGAUACAUAAUCCAAGGAAACAGGUCACCCAUACUGUAAAAUUCCAAUAAUAAAAGUUUCCUGAGUUACACAAUGAUAAAAAUUGGGGGGGGGGGGG